AUGGCUUCCCCAAGUACUCUCAUGACCGUCACCCCUCCCACUGCCACUGCCACGGCCACACUCGAUGCCCUGACACAGCACUACCACGGCAAACCCAACCACUCCGACAAAAUAGUCAUCAUUGGCUUGACGGUCGGCAUGGUGGCUCUGUUUCUGCUGUUCAUUGCUCCGUGCUGUUGCAUGCAGUAUCUGGCUCAUCGGCAGCAGAGGAAGGAGAAAAAAGCAAACGCUUGUUCAACCGCAACAAUGACAAACACCAUCCACCGCCGCAUGAGCGACACCAGUGUAGUCAUCGCCAUAGCCGUCAGCUGCGCCGCCAUCGUUGUCAUCUUCUUUGCAGCAAUUUGUUUCUGCCACUGGCGCUCUCGUCCCAAAUCACCUACUGGUACCCGCAGCCGCGACCACGACGAUUCGGAUGCCAACUCUAACGUCGAAAUGGACGCCAUCCCUGAUGGUUCUUUGAACCAUCCUCUUGUGCGGGGGAGAAAUGGUGCGGGACAUGUUUAUCCGGUUUUUGAAGCAACUCGUGAGCGUCAUGCUCAUGCUCAGAACUGA